AUGGACAGACAGGUGGUAUAUGCUGAUUUAAGCUUAUCCAGGGGCCAAGGCUCUGAAAGGUCUGUACCUCUAUCUCUUCCCCAAGAUGUCUCUCAGGGUACACCUUGGCACCAACUGGCUUGGAAACUUGGCUGUGCUGGGAUAAUUAUUCUUCUCUUGAGUGUGUUUGGGUUGAGUGUUCUAGUGAUAUCCUUAAUACAAAAAUCACCAAUGGAAAAGAGCAGUGUGGAUAUUCAAGAGAAGAGGAAUUAUACAACAGAGGCACCAGGUCAGUUACAGUGCCCUAAACAUUGGCUUCAGCUCCAAGAUAAAUGCUUCACUAUUUCUAGUUCUUCCAAAACUUGGAAUGACAGUUUAGCUGACUGCUCCCAAAGAGAAUCCAGUUUGCUGCUCAUCCAAGAUCAGGAAGAAUUGAGAUUCAUACAGAACCUGAUAAAGAAUGAAGGAAUUCUGUAUUGGAUUGGACUAAAUUUUACAUUAUCAGAGAAGAAGUGGAAGUGGAUAAAUGGCUCUUUAUUAAAUCAUGACAUAUUACAAAUUUUUGGUGAAAAUAAAGAAAACAGCUGUGCUGCUAUCUCAAAGAUGAAAGUAUUUUCUGAGAACUGUAAUUCAGAAAACAAAUGGAUCUGUGAAAAGAAACUAAAAGCUGUCAGAAAUAAAGUGUCUUGA